UAAAAACUAGACAGCGAUUUCUUUGCUUAUGCUCUGGUGGUUUAAAAAAGGACCUCGGGGAACAUUUGUUUUGUUCUGUUUUGUUUUCCUUUUGAUUAAGGCAUUUGGGUCUAAAAAAGAAGAUUAAAGCAGGAUCCGUUUAAUUUAUUUAGUUUGCCUCACAGACAUGCAGCUUCAGAAUGGUCGUCCCAUUCCACCUACAUCCUCGUCUAGCCUCCUCCCAUCUGCUCAGCUGCCUAGCUCCCAUAAUCCUCCACCAGUUAGCUGCCAGAUGCCAUUGCUAGACAGCAACACCUCCCAUCAGAUCAUGGACACCAACCCUGAUGAGGAAUUCUCCCCCAAUUCAUACCUGCUCAGAGCAUGCUCAGGGCCCCAGCAAGCCGCCAGCAGUGGCCCUCCGAACCACCACAGCCAGUCAACUCUGAGGCCCCCUUUGCCACCCCCUCACAACCACACGCUGUCCCAUCACCACUCGUCGGCCAACUCCCUCAACAGGAACUCCCUGACUAAUCGGCGGAGCCAAAUCCACGCCCCAGCUCCAGCACCCAAUGACCUGGCCACCACACCGGAGUCCGUUCAGCUUCAGGACAGCUGGGUGCUGAAUAGUAACGUGCCGCUGGAGACUCGGCACUUCCUCUUCAAGACGUCCUCCGGAAGUACGCCCCUGUUCAGCAGCUCUUCUCCGGGAUACCCUUUGACCUCAGGAACUGUUUACACGCCACCACCCCGUCUGCUGCCGCGGAAUACAUUCUCCAGGAAGGCCUUCAAGCUGAAGAAGCCCUCCAAGUACUGCAGUUGGAAAUGCGCUGCCCUGUCGGCCAUCGCUGCGGCCCUUCUCUUGGCCAUUUUGCUGGCAUAUUUUAUAGCAAUGCAUCUGCUCGGACUCAAUUGGCAACUCCAGCCGGCAGAUGGACACACCUUUAACAAUGGCGUAAGGACCGGCUUACCAGGAAACGAUGAUGUGGCAACAAUGCCAUCUGGAGGCAAAGUGCCCUGGUCAUUGAAAAACAGCAGCAUAGACAGUGGCGAAGCCGAAGUUGGCCGACGGGUGACGCAGGAAGUCCCACCAGGGGUGUUUUGGAGGUCACAGAUCCACAUCAGUCAGCCCCAGUUCUUGAAGUUCAACAUCUCCCUGGGGAAGGAUGCCCUCUUCGGUGUCUACAUCAGGAGAGGACUGCCACCGUCUCACGCACAGUAUGACUUCAUGGAACGCCUGGAUGGAAAGGAGAAGUGGAGCGUGGUGGAGUCGCCCAGGGAACGCAGGAGCAUCCAGACCCUGGUGCAGAACGAGGCCGUGUUUGUGCAGUACUUGGAUGUGGGCCUGUGGCACCUGGCCUUCUACAAUGAAGGCAAGGACAAGGAGAUGGUUUCCUUCAACACAGUCGUCUUAGAUUCGGUGCAGGACUGUCCACGUAACUGCCACGGGAAUGGUGAAUGCGUGUCCGGACUGUGUCACUGCUUCCCAGGGUUCCUAGGCGCGGACUGUGCUAAAGCUGCCUGCCCUGUCCUGUGCAGUGGGAAUGGACAGUAUUCCAAAGGAACAUGCCAGUGCUACAGUGGCUGGAAAGGUGCCGAGUGUGACGUACCCAUGAACCAGUGCAUCGACCCUUCCUGCGGGGGCCAUGGCUCUUGCAUUGACGGCAACUGCGUGUGUGCUGCUGGCUACAAGGGCGAGCACUGUGAGGAAGUUGACUGCUUGGAUCCCACCUGCUCCAGUCAUGGCGUCUGUGUGAAUGGAGAAUGUCUGUGCAGCCCUGGCUGGGGUGGCCUCAACUGUGAGCUGGCAAGGGUCCAGUGCCCAGACCAGUGCAGUGGGCACGGCACUUACCUCCCCGACUCUGGCCUCUGCAGCUGUGAUCCGAACUGGAUGGGUCCUGACUGCUCCGUCGAAGUGUGCUCAGUAGACUGUGGCACUCACGGCGUCUGCAUCGGGGGAGCCUGCCGCUGUGAAGAGGGCUGGACAGGCGCAGCUUGUGACCAGCGCGUGUGCCACCCCCGCUGCAUUGAGCACGGGACCUGUAAAGAUGGCAAAUGUGAAUGCCGAGAGGGCUGGAAUGGUGAACACUGCACCAUUGAUGGCUGCCCUGAUUUGUGCAACGGUAACGGGAGAUGCACACUGGGUCAGAACAGCUGGCAGUGUGUCUGCCAGACCGGCUGGAGAGGGCCCGGAUGCAACGUUGCCAUGGAAACCUCCUGUGCUGAUAACAAGGAUAAUGAGGGAGAUGGCCUGGUGGAUUGUCUGGACCCUGACUGCUGCCUACAGUCAGCCUGUCAGAACAGCCUCCUCUGUCGGGGGUCCCGGGACCCCUUGGACAUCAUUCAGCAAGGCCAGACAGACUGGCCUGCAGUGAAGUCCUUCUAUGACCGCAUCAAGCUCCUGGCAGGCAAGGACAGCACCCACAUCAUUCCUGGAGACAACCCCUUCAAUAGCAGCCUGGUUUCUCUGAUCCGAGGCCAAGUAGUGACCACAGAUGGGACUCCCUUGGUUGGUGUGAAUGUGUCUUUUGUCAAAUACCCAAAAUACGGCUACACCAUCACUCGCCAGGAUGGCACGUUUGACCUGAUUGCCAACGGGGGUGCCGCGUUGACUCUGCACUUUGAACGGGCACCUUUCAUGAGCCAGGAGCGCACAGUGUGGCUGCCUUGGAAUAGCUUUUACGCCAUGGACACCCUGGUAAUGAAGACUGAGGAGAACUCCAUCCCCAGCUGUGACCUCAGUGGCUUUGUCCGGCCUGAUCCGAUCAUCAUCUCUUCCCCUCUGUCCACCUUCUUCAGUGCUUCCCCUGCAGCAAACCCCAUUGUGCCCGAGACUCAGGUUCUUCAAGAAGAACUCGAGCUCCCAGGUUCCAAUGUGAAGCUCCGUUAUCUCAGCUCCCGAACCGCCGGGUACAAGUCGCUGUUGAAGAUCACCAUGACCCAGUCCACAGUGCCCUUGAACCUCAUCAGGGUGCACCUGAUGGUGGCUGUUGAGGGACAUCUCUUCCAGAAGUCAUUCCAGGCUUCUCCCAACCUGGCCUACACAUUCAUCUGGGACAAGACUGAUGCCUAUGGCCAAAGGGUAUAUGGGCUCUCUGAUGCUGUUGUGUCUGUUGGGUUCGAAUAUGAGACCUGCCCCAGCCUCAUCCUAUGGGAGAAAAGAACAGCCCUGCUUCAGGGAUUUGAGCUGGACCCUUCCAACCUGGGCGGCUGGUCCCUGGACAAGCACCACAUCCUCAAUGUGAAAAGUGGAAUACUACACAAAGGCACAGGGGAAAACCAGUUCCUGACCCAGCAGCCUGCCAUCAUCACAAGCAUCAUGGGCAACGGUCGCCGCAGGAGCAUCUCCUGUCCCAGCUGCAAUGGCCUUGCAGAAGGCAACAAAUUGUUGGCCCCUGUGGCCCUGGCUGUGGGGAUCGAAGGGAGCCUCUUCGUUGGCGACUUCAAUUAUAUCCGGCGUAUCUUCCCUUCUCGAAAUGUGACCAGUAUCCUGGAGUUACGAAAUAAAGAGUUUAAACAUAGCAACAGCCCAGGACACAAGUACUACUUGGCUGUGGACCCUGUGACCGGCUCGCUCUACGUUUCUGACACCAACAGCCGCAGAAUCUACCGAGUGAAGUCUCUAAGUGGAGCCAAAGACCUGGCUGGGAAUUCAGAGGUGGUGGCAGGGACUGGUGAACAGUGUCUACCCUUUGACGAAGCCCGCUGUGGGGAUGGAGGGAAAGCUGUGGAUGCCACCCUGAUGAGCCCUCGAGGCAUUGCCGUGGAUAAGAACGGGCUCAUGUACUUCGUUGAUGCCACCAUGAUCCGGAAGGUCGACCAAAAUGGAAUAAUCUCCACCCUGCUGGGGUCCAAUGACCUCACAGCUGUCCGGCCACUGAGCUGUGACUCCAGCAUGGAUGUGGCUCAGGUUCGUCUGGAGUGGCCGACAGACCUUGCCGUCAACCCCAUGGACAAUUCCCUAUACGUCCUAGAGAACAACGUCAUCCUGCGAAUCACCGAGAAUCACCAGGUCAGCAUCAUUGCGGGACGGCCUAUGCACUGCCAGGUUCCGGGCAUUGACUACUCGCUCAGUAAGCUUGCCAUCCACUCUGCUCUGGAGUCAGCCAGUGCCAUCGCCAUUUCGCACACUGGGGUGCUCUACAUCACCGAGACGGACGAGAAAAAGAUCAACCGCCUACGCCAGGUCACCACCAAUGGGGAGAUCUGCCUCUUAGCCGGCGCAGCCUCUGACUGCGACUGCAAAAAUGACGUCAACUGCAUCUGCUACUCGGGAGAUGAUGCUUACGCCACAGACGCCAUCUUGAACUCCCCAUCCUCCUUAGCUGUGGCUCCCGACGGCACCAUCUACAUCGCGGACCUUGGGAAUAUUCGGAUUAGGGCGGUCAGCAAAAAUAAACCUGUUCUUAAUGCAUUCAACCAGUACGAGGCCGCAUCGCCGGGAGAGCAGGAACUGUACGUGUUCAACGCCGACGGUAUCCAUCAGUACACUGUGAGCCUGGUGACGGGGGAGUACUUGUACAAUUUCACAUACAGCGCUGACAAUGACGUCACUGAGUUGAUUGACAACAACGGAAAUUCCCUAAAGAUCCGCAGGGACAGCAGCGGCAUGCCCCGCCACUUGCUCAUGCCGGAUAACCAGAUCAUCACCCUUACCGUGGGCACCAAUGGAGGCCUCAAAGCGGUGUCAACACAGAACCUGGAGCUUGGCCUCAUGACCUAUGAUGGGAACACCGGACUCCUAGCCACCAAGAGCGAUGAAACGGGCUGGACGACUUUCUAUGACUAUGACCACGAGGGCCGUCUGACCAACGUGACACGCCCCACGGGGGUGGUGACCAGUCUGCACCGGGAAAUGGAGAAAUCCAUCACCAUUGACAUUGAGAACUCCAACCGUGAUGAUGACGUCACUGUGAUCACCAACCUCUCCUCGGUGGAGGCCUCUUACACAGUGGUACAGGAUCAAGUGCGAAACAGCUACCAGCUCUGCAAUAACGGCACCCUGCGGGUGAUGUACGCCAACGGCAUGGGCGUCAGCUUCCACAGUGAGCCCCACGUCCUCGCAGGCACCAUCACCCCCACCAUCGGCCGCUGCAACAUCUCCCUGCCCAUGGAGAAAGGCCUCAACUCCAUCGAGUGGCGCCUGAGGAAGGAACAGAUUAAAGGCAAAGUCACCAUCUUCGGGAGGAAGCUUCGGGUCCAUGGGAGGAAUCUCCUGUCCAUUGAUUAUGACCGGAACAUCCGGACGGAGAAGAUCUAUGACGACCACCGGAAAUUCACCCUGAGGAUCAUUUAUGACCAGGUGGGCCGCCCCUUCCUAUGGCUCCCGAGCAGUGGUCUGGCAGCUGUCAAUGUCUCCUACUUCUUCAACGGGCGCUUGGCCGGCCUUCAGCGCGGAGCCAUGAGCGAGAGGACAGACAUUGACAAGCAGGGCCGGAUCGUGUCCCGCAUGUUCGCCGAUGGCAAAGUCUGGAGCUACUCCUACCUGGACAAGUCCAUGGUCCUCCUGCUGCAGAGCCAACGUCAGUACAUAUUCGAGUAUGACUCAUCUGACCGCCUCCACGCCGUCACCAUGCCCAGUGUGGCCCGGCACAGCAUGUCCACACACACCUCCAUUGGCUACAUCCGAAACAUUUACAACCCGCCUGAAAGCAACGCGUCCGUCAUCUUUGACUACAGCGACGAUGGCCGCAUCCUAAAGACAUCUUUCUUGGGCACGGGGCGCCAGGUGUUUUACAAGUACGGGAAGCUCUCCAAGUUAUCGGAGAUCGUCUACGACAGCACAGCCGUCACCUUCGGCUACGACGAGACGACCGGCGUGCUGAAGAUGGUCAAUCUCCAAAGCGGGGGCUUCUCCUGUACCAUCAGGUACCGGAAAGUGGGGCCCCUUGUGGACAAGCAGAUUUACAGGUUCUCUGAGGAAGGCAUGAUCAACGCCAGGUUCGACUACACCUAUCACGACAACAGCUUCCGCAUCGCCAGCAUCAAGCCCGUCAUCAGUGAGACGCCCCUUCCCGUUGACCUCUACCGCUAUGAUGAGAUCUCCGGCAAGGUGGAACACUUCGGCAAGUUUGGGGUCAUCUACUACGACAUCAACCAGAUCAUCACCACCGCUGUCAUGACGCUCAGCAAGCAUUUUGACACGCACGGGCGCAUCAAGGAAGUGCAAUAUGAGAUGUUCCGGUCCCUCAUGUACUGGAUGACAGUGCAAUACGACAGCAUGGGCAGGGUCAUCAAGCGGGAACUGAAAUUAGGACCCUACGCCAACACCACAAAGUACACCUACGACUAUGACGGGGAUGGCCAGCUCCAGAGUGUGGCAGUCAACGACCGGCCCACCUGGCGCUAUAGCUAUGACCUCAAUGGGAACCUGCACCUGCUAAACCCGGGAAACAGUGCUCGCCUCAUGCCCCUACGCUAUGACCUCCGUGACCGGAUAACCAGGCUGGGAGACGUGCAGUACAAAAUCGACGAUGACGGCUAUCUGUGCCAGCGAGGGUCGGACAUCUUCGAGUACAAUUCCAAGGGCCUGCUGACAAGGGCAUACAACAAGGCCAGCGGGUGGAGCGUGCAGUACCGCUAUGAUGGCGUGGGCCGGCGGGCUUCCUACAAGACCAACCUGGGCCACCACCUGCAGUACUUCUACUCUGACCUCCACAACCCCACGCGAAUCACCCAUGUCUACAACCACUCCAACUCCGAGAUCACCUCGCUCUACUAUGACCUCCAGGGCCACCUCUUUGCCAUGGAGAGCAGCAGCGGGGAGGAGUACUACGUCGCCUCAGAUAACACGGGGACCCCUCUGGCUGUGUUCAGCAUCAAUGGGCUCAUGAUCAAGCAGCUGCAGUACACAGCCUACGGGGAGAUUUACUAUGAUUCCAACCCUGACUUUCAGAUGGUCAUUGGCUUCCACGGCGGCCUCUACGACCCCCUCACCAAGCUUGUCCACUUUACUCAGCGUGAUUAUGACGUGCUGGCGGGACGGUGGACAUCCCCCGACUAUACCAUGUGGAGAAAUGUGGGCAAGGAGCCGGCCCCCUUCAACCUAUACAUGUUCAAGAACAACAACCCGCUCAGCAAUGAGCUGGAUUUGAAGAACUACGUGACAGAUGUGAAAAGCUGGCUCGUGAUGUUCGGAUUUCAGCUCAGCAACAUCAUUCCCGGAUUCCCAAGAGCCAAAAUGUAUUUUGUGCCUCCCCCCUAUGAACUGUCCGAGAGUCAAGCAAGUGAAAAUGGACAGCUCAUUACGGGUGUCCAGCAGACCACCGAGAGGCAUAACCAGGCCUUCCUGGCUCUAGAAGGACAGGUCAUCUCCAAAAAGCUCCAUGCCAGCAUCCGAGAGAAAGCAGGCCACUGGUUUGCUACCACCACGCCCAUCAUCGGCAAAGGCAUCAUGUUUGCCAUCAAAGAAGGGCGGGUGACCACAGGUGUAUCCAGCAUAGCCAGCGAGGAUAGCCGCAAGGUGGCGUCUGUGUUGAACAACGCCUACUACCUGGACAAGAUGCACUACAGCAUCGAGGGCAAGGACACGCACUACUUUGUGAAGAUCGGGGCGGCGGACGGUGACCUGGUCACACUGGGCACCACCAUUGGGCGCAAGGUGCUGGAGAGCGGGGUGAACGUGACCGUGUCACAGCCCACGCUGCUGGUGAAUGGCAGGACUCGAAGGUUCACCAACAUUGAGUUCCAGUACUCCACACUGCUGCUCAGCAUCCGCUACGGCCUCACCCCCGACACGCUGGACGAAGAGAAGGCCCGAGUCAUGGACCAAGCGAGACAGAGGGCCCUGGGCACUGCCUGGGCCAAGGAGCAGCAGAAAGCCAGGGACGGGAGAGAGGGCAGCCGCCUGUGGACGGAGGGCGAGAAGCAGCAACUCCUAAGCACGGGACGGGUGCAAGGUUAUGAGGGCUAUUACGUGCUUCCGGUGGAACAGUACCCAGAGCUGGCAGACAGUAGCAGCAACAUCCAGUUCUUAAGACAGAAUGAGAUGGGAAAGAGGUAACAAAAUAAUCUGCUGCCACCUCUUCUCUGGGUGGCUCAGCAGGAGCAACUGUGACCUCCUCUCCUAAGGAGACGAAGACCUAACAGGGGCACUGAGGCCAGGCUGCUUUAGGAUCCCAAGUGGCAAGAAAGCUCACAUUUUUUGAGUUCAAAUGCUACUGUCCAAGCGCAAAGUCCCUCAUCCUGAAGUAGACUAGAGCUCAGCCACAAAUUCUGAGGAAAAACAAAACAAAAGGAUGAAAACGAAUGAAUGAACAAACACACAAAAUGUUUCAAGUUCCCCUAAAAUACGACCCACUUGUUCCGGGUCUGAAGCAGAAAAGAGACGCAGAACAGCCAAAAGGAAAAGGAACCGAAAACAGCGAACAAAACAAACAGAACAGACAAACAAAGACGAACACACCGACCGUACAAACGAAGACGUGAAGACGAGAAGGCCUCACAUCCUAAUACCUCACUCAUACACAACGUGAGCAACACAGAGACAUUCACAAGGGCCGCCGUCACCAGACCAGCCGAGGACGACUCAGACUGAUGGUUGGACAAACACUUCCGACGUUUUCGUUUAAAGCAAAUACAGGUGCAUUUAAAAAAAAAAAAAAAAAACACGACUUUGGGGGUGAUUUGUGUGUAGCGCCUGGGGAGGGGGGGCACAAAAGUGGAAGAGCGAGCACUGGAAAUACUUUUUAAAGAAAAAGAAAAACGCAAGAAAAAAAAGAGAGAAAGAAAAUAAAUUAAUAUCGGCAGUCAAAGCGAAACAAUACCGUCGGGCACUUAACUCUCAGGUCUCUACUUAGUCAGGCCUGAGCUAAUUUAUUUGAGGGCAGAGUGUAAAAUGUAAUUCAAAAUGGUGGCUAUACUCACUACACAUAAAUCUCAUACUCUUUUUGUCUUUGGAGAUUCCAUUGUGGACAGUAAUCCGCAGUUACAGGGUGUAGUCUGUUUAGAUUCCGUAGUUCGUGGGUAUCAGUUGCGGUAGAGGUGCGACAUUUGUGACUCUGUUGCUAACGGUACCACUUCCGAUCGCCCUGUACAUACAUGACGCCGCAAGGCGCAAUCACUGUUUCAGACUUUAAACUAUUAGUGUGUUUGUUUGGUCCAGAAACUGAGACAAUCACAUGACAGUCACCACGAGGAGAGAAAAUAAAAACAUAAAUAAAAUAAAAACAAAAAAAUUUUAAAAACAAAACAAAAAAAAAAGUCUAAUAAGAACUUUGGUACAGGAACUUUUUUGUAAUAUACAUGUAUGAAUUGUUCAUCGAGUUUUUAUAUUAAUUUUAAUUUGCUGCUAAGCAAAGACUAGGGACAGGCAAAGAUAAUUU